AAAAUUAGAGGUAAAGAAUGAAACCAUUGUCCAAAUUUUAUGAAAAGAAUAAUAAGUUAGAUAUUUAGAUUUUUCCACUCCUUCAAACAACUUCUGACUCCUUCUUCAUACAAAACCUCGAAUUACACCUUCAUACACAUUUCAACAAUUUCUGCUACGCUACAAUUACAAUACCCCAUUCUUCCGUGAUGAACACAAUAAUCCUAAUUCGCAACCGCGCUAUAAAUUCCGCGCGUAGAAUCCUCACUAGUUCUUCAAAUUCAUCGAUUUUUCGGCCCCCGUUACUUCCCCAUGCUAAUGAUUUUCUUCAACCUCGUCUCAAUCUUAACCACACCAACAAUCACAACCCUUUUCGAAUACUAGGGUUUCAGGGAUUCAAUGUUCAAUGUUUCUCAACUUCUGUUGAAACGCGUGUGAAUGAGAAUAAUUUUGAGAGGAUUUACAUUCAAGGUGGUGUGAAUGUGAAACCAUUAGUGGUGGAAAGUGUUGUUGUAAAAGAAGAAGAAGAAUCUCAUGUGGAGAAACAAGCUUGGAAAUUGUUGAAGGAUGCUGUUGUGACUUAUUGCGGGAAUCCUGUGGGGACAGUGGCUGCUAAUGAUCCUGGUGAUAAGUUGCCGUUGAAUUAUGAUCAAGUGUUUAUUCGGGAUUUUGUUCCGUCGGCUCUUGCUUUUUUGCUUAAAGGGGAUACUGAGAUUGUUAAGUACUUUCUUCUUCAUACCUUGCAAUUGCAGAGUUGGGAGAAAACUGUGGACUGCUACAGUCCAGGACAGGGUUUGAUGCCUGCUAGUUUCAAAGUUAGAACCGUAGCUCUUGACGGAGAUACACGUGAAGAAGUUUUAGAUCCUGAUUUUGGGGAAUCAGCUAUUGGUCGAGUUGCACCUGUAGAUUCAGGAUUGUGGUGGAUCAUCCUAUUACGGGCUUAUGGGAAGAUCACCGGUGACUACAGUUUGCAAGAAAGGGUUGAUGUUCAAACAGGCUUGAAAAUGAUUCUUAAAUUGUGUCUAACAGAUGGUUUUGAUAUGUUUCCAUCUCUGCUAGUCACUGAUGGGUCUUGUAUGAUAGACAGGCGUAUGGGCAUUCAUGGUCAUCCCCUUGAAAUCCAAGCAUUAUUUUACUCAGCUCUUCGAUGCUCGCGUGAAAUGCUUGUUGUAACUGAUGGAACCAAUGAUCUUGUUAGAGCCAUUAACAACAGACUGAGUGCACUAUCGUUCCACAUUAGACAAUAUUAUUGGGUGGAUAUGAAAAAGAUUAAUGAAAUAUAUAGAUACAACACAGAAGAGUACUCCAUGGAUGCCAUCAACAAAUUCAACAUCUAUCCUGAACAAAUUCCUUUCUGGGUAAUGGAUUGGAUUCCUGAAAAAGGUGGAUAUCUAAUUGGAAAUCUACAACCAGCUCACAUGGAUUUCCGGUUUUUCACACUUGGAAAUCUUUGGUCCAUUAUUUCAUCUCUGAGCACUCCAAGACAGAACGAGGCUAUUUUGAAUCUGAUAGAAGCAAAAUGGGACGAACUUGUGGGGCAUAUGCCUCUUAAGAUAUGUUAUCCUGCCUUGGAUAAUGAAGAGUGGCGGAUAAUUACUGGCAGCGACCCAAAGAAUACCCCUUGGUCAUAUCACAAUGGCGGAUCGUGGCCAACCCUUCUGUGGCAGUUCACACUGGCAUGCAUCAAAAUGGGGAGAAUUGAACUAGCCCAGAAAGCAGUUGAUUUAGCCGAGAAAAGGCUGCCAGUUGAUUCUUGGCCUGAAUAUUAUGAUACUCGUUCUGGAAAAUUUAUCGGAAAACAAUCCAGGCUGUAUCAAACAUGGACCAUAGCUGGGUUCCUUACAUCCAAGUUGCUUUUAAAAAAUCCAAAAAUGGCGUCCAUGUUAUUUUCUGAGGAAGAUUAUGAUCUUCUUGAUAUAUGUGUUUGUGGACUUAGCAAGAGGGGAAGGAAAAAAUGCUCCCGUGGUGCUGCCAAGUCUCAAAUUCUUGUAUGAUGCAAGUGUGCAUUAUUUGGAAGCAGAAUUUCAGUUCACAAGUUCAGGGUAUGGCUUUUGUUUUGUACAACAGAAUAGAAGUUAAAUUGGAAAAUAACAUUAUGUUCCAUGUUGUAAUUAUAGUUUAUAUUGGUUAAGAUGGCUUAACCAAUGUAUUGAGAGGGUAAUUCUUUUUCUUAAAAAUAAUUUCAAUUAGAGGUUGAAACUUAGAACCUCCUAAAAUUACUGAAUACCUUAGCAUAGUUCAUUGCUUAAGAUUUUCACUUACUCAUAGGUAAAUUACCAAUGUUCACUACUUUGGAUUUCCACUUACAUCUUUGUAUACUAAUACUAAUGAUGUUCAUAUUGAUUUUUCUCAUUAUGCAAUUGCUC